AUGCUGAACAAACCCUCACCGCUCUGUCUCGUCCCUCUCCCCCCUCUCUCUCUUCUGAUAUUACAGGGGAAGACUUCACCUCCACCGGAAGUCAGCAGUCAUCGUCCUCAUCUUCUUUCGUCGGAGAAGGUUCUUGAUGAUAUGGUUAUGAUGGUUGAGGAUGUUCUAACGGAUGAACAAAAUAGGACUAAGGUGGUACGGUUAAUCGGAGCAUGGGGCGAGUCUGAGGACCUUACGUAUCUACCUGUUUUCUGUCAAACUCACUUGGAAGAAUGUGAUGAUUUAUCCAAGCGACCAACUGUUCCUGUAGAGUUGGGUAUCCUGAAUCUUUUGGAAAAAUGCCUGCAGGUCUUUCCUAGACAGUUGCUAAAGGACAGGAUACUUCCACACCCAUCAAACUCCAUUAUAAGAAUUAUUAUAAAUAUAAACCAUACCUUUUUCUGCUUCCUUUAUUAAGGGUGCCAAAUCCUCAUAGCUUGAAAUUAUGGUUAAAGGUAACACUAUUAUUUCCCAUACCAAAUGAUGAUGAGAAAAGAAGCCAUGCCCAAGAUUUUUCAAAAGAAUUUACAGUUGUGAUUAUUAAAUGUUAUAUAAAUCAUUUUUAUAUGUUACUUUAGGA